AAUUGAAAACCAAAACCCUAAUUCCACUUCCUUCUUCCUCCCGCUCGUCACACUAACUCCGGCUACCCCAAGCAGCGUCGGCCGUUUCUGCUCUCAGCUUGCAUUUGGAGCAAUGGUGAGAGUUAGUGUCUUGAAUGAUGCUCUCAAGAGCAUGUACAAUGCAGAGAAGAGGGGCAAAAGACAGGUCAUGAUCAGGCCAUCCUCAAAAGUGAUCAUCAAGUUCCUGUUGGUUAUGCAGAAACAUGGUUAUAUUGGAGAGUUUGAGUAUGUUGAUGAUCACAGAGCUGGGAAAAUUGUGGUUGAAUUGAAUGGAAGGCUUAACAAGUGUGGGGUGAUUAGCCCUCGUUUUGAUGUUGGUGUGAAAGAGAUUGAAGGUUGGACUGCUAGACUUCUUCCUUCAAGACAGUUUGGGUAUAUUGUGCUGACAACAUCUGCUGGUAUCAUGGACCAUGAAGAAGCCAGAAGAAAGAAUGUAGGUGGAAAAGUACUCGGCUUCUUUUACUGAGACAGAUUUUCAAUAGUUAUCAUUUUAGAAAUUUUGCUUGCCUUGCCACCAAAGUAGGUUAUCCUCUUUCAAUGUUCGUUCUGAUUCAAAUAUAUAUUGUGAUUUUCAGGAUGUUUUUCAUAUCAUUUUACCUGUGAUGCUUGAGAUUUUGAUCUUUCAUUCUUGUCACCAGAUGCAGUUCAUAG